AUUCUUUUUUUCAAAGCCUUCAAAAUCUGGUAUCUUGUACUUACAGCAUAUGUCAGUUGGGACCAGCCCCGUUUCAAGUGCUCAGUGGCCCGAUUUGGCUAAGGGCUACCAUAUGAAACUGCACAACCGUAAACAUUUCUUAUAUAUGUGAGUUGUGGCCAAACACACGAAACUCGUCAGUAUUCUCUGAAGCCCUCUUGUAUUGGAGGAGGCUGAGCAAUGAGGCAACAAAAAACGUGAGGCCUGGUUUGUUUUCUCGAGGAGCUUCCAGUCCAGUUGAGAAAGUAGACGUCCAAAAAUUAAGUCCAAUUGUAAAUAGAUAUAGUUCAAGCAAUAGUAAAGAUAACUGGGCAGUAUAUGAUUGAUUGACAAACGACAUGGCUGAUAAUUAUCCUUGGAAUUCUAGGGAGGGAUAUUUCAGGCCCAUGCAGUAGAGGGAGACUUGAGUCUAGUCUUGAAAGAUGGGGAAGAUAUUUUGGUUGAAUGAACUGACCAUAGCUUCUUUUGUGUUUAGGGUUGAAAAUUUGCCGAGUCCUAAGGCUUUCAGACUGAAAAAGACUUUCGUCUCUCACUGACAGUCUCCACCAUGAUUCAUAGCCUUUUCUUGAUCAACUCCUCUGGAGAUAUUUUCCUGGAGAAACAUUGGAAAAGUGUGGUCAGCCGUUCUGUUUGUGAUUACUUUUUUGAGGCACAAGAGAGAGCUACUGAGGCAGAAAAUGUACCUCCAGUUAUUCCGACCCCUCACCACUAUCUCCUAAGUGUUUACCGUCACAAGAUCUUUUUUGUGGCUGUGAUCCAGACGGAGGUCCCGCCUCUGUUUGUCAUUGAGUUCCUUCACCGAGUGGUGGACACAUUUCAGGAUUAUUUUGGAGUCUGUUCAGAGCCAGUGAUCAAAGACAACGUGGUUGUGGUGUAUGAGGUAUUAGAAGAGAUGCUUGACAAUGGGUUUCCAUUGGCUACUGAGUCAAACAUCCUCAAAGAACUGAUAAAGCCUCCCACUAUUCUUCGCACAGUUGUCAACACCAUAACAGUAUUCAUUGUUUCAGGAAGCACCAAUGUGGGUGACCAGCUUCCCACCGGGCAGCUGUCAGUGGUGCCUUGGCGACGGACUGGAGUGAAAUACACCAACAAUGAGGCCUAUUUUGAUGUGAUUGAAGAGAUUGAUGCCAUCAUUGAUAAAUCAGGUUCCCCUAUUACUGCUGAGAUCCAGGGGGUGAUUGAUGCCUGUGUCAAGCUGACUGGAAUGCCAGACCUUACGCUUUCCUUCAUGAACCCCAGGUUGUUGGAUGAUGUCAGCUUCCAUCCUUGUGUUCGUUUCAAGCGCUGGGAGUCUGAGCGUAUCCUCUCCUUCAUCCCUCCUGAUGGAAACUUUCGCCUGCUCUCUUACCAUGUCAGUGCACAGAAUUUGGUGGCAAUUCCAGUGUAUGUCAAACAUAACAUCAGUUUCCGGGACAGUAGCUCACUUGGACGCUUUGAAAUAACGGUGGGACCUAAGCAGACCAUGGGGAAGACCAUAGAGGGAGUGAUUGUCACCAGCCAGAUGCCCAAAGGGGUCCUGAACAUGAGCCUCACUCCAUCUCAGGGGACACACACAUUUGACCCGGUUACCAAGAUACUGUCUUGGGAUGUAGGAAAAAUAAAUCCCCAAAAGCUACCAAGUUUGAAGGGGACCGUGAGUCUUCAGGCUGGAGCUUCCAAACCCGAUGAGAACCCCACAAUUAACCUGCAGUUUAAGAUCCAGCAGCUGGCCAUUUCUGGACUCAAAGUGAACCGUCUGGAUAUGUAUGGAGAAAAGUACAAACCCUUUAAGGGCAUAAAAUACAUGACCAAAGCUGGAAAGUUCCAAGUUCGAACCUGAAGGGAGAGAUUUGCAAAGGGAACAGUCACGAACUCUUUUUCAUUUCUGACUUGUCUAAAAGUAAAAACUGUCAGCCUAUCUCCUAGGUCAGUCCCCUCCUGGACCCACCCACUCCCUUUUUCCUUAGCCUUCAGUGCCGUGGAAGUAAUCAAGGGAGAGCGGGUCUCCAGGGAGAACUGGACAGAACUGACACCCAGUCAGCACCAACUCAGUUCUCAGAGAAGAGAUGGCGAUGGAGGGUGGAGAUUCUUGAUGCCAUAUUGAACUGCUUGUAACGUGGUUACCAUAGAAAAAGUCUAGCAUUUGUUACUUGCUUGGCUUUAAUUAUCUAAAGCCAAUGAAAGACUUCCUUUUUUUUUUUAAGGUGGAAAGAAACAUUAGAAAGAAAGAAAGCUUGAAAGAGAAUGACUUAGUCAAGGAAAGGCCAGUUAAGGAUCUGCCCAAUGAGGGAGGAGAAAGAGGAAACAGUAUUAUAGACGUGUGAGGACACGUACGGAAGGGAAAGUGGCACGAAAAGCCAGCAAGCUCCAUGUGAAGGAGGGUUGGAAAGAAUAGGGUUGAGCUCGUUUCUUUCUGAUCCCUCUACUUUCCUUUACAAAAAAAAAACAAAACAAAAUAUACUUCUAGAAAUGAACUGGAAACUUCUUAAAUUCGAGUCCACUAUUGACAUGGAAACCCCAGUAGAAUCAGAUUUUCCCUGAAAGACGGUGAUGCUAUCUGAUCAGGAGUUUUCAGAUAUAACUGCUGCUUGCUGUUAGCACCCAGUUUGUCAUCUCCAGUGAGAAGGUGACCUGCCCUCUUCCUGGUGGUGGUUGCCUGAAAUGCCUCUUUCCCUAACCCAAAAGAAUUCUACUCACUUUAGUUUACGGAAUUCACCAGCCUUUUCCCUGUUAACCUGAGGAGAGUUUCAGAAAAGCCAAUCCCCAAUCCUCAGGGCAGCCAGCUUUUGUGUGUCCUAGUGUUGGAGUGUCGAUGGCCAGCUCAUUCCUCGUGAAAGGUCCCACGACUAUAGCCCAGUGAUUCCUUAUUUCCAUUGGUCAGUGCUGACUGGUACCAGAGGCUAAGCCUUCCCUGCUGAAAUGUUUCCAUCAGUAACCCUAAGUGAAAAGAAUGCUUCCCAUUGAGGGCAUGGCUGAUCCUUGAAACUGCCCAGUACGGUUAUUCCCUCAGAGUCUUUUGUACUCUAUAAUAGAUUUCUUAACAAUAGAUAUCUACCAGUCCAUUUUUGUUUUAAGGCAAAAAUAAAUCCCUUAAAUCUUUGAAUAAAACUGAAGGAGUACCUUAGGCUUUCCCAAUGGGUAAUUUUUAUUCUAGUUCAAUGUGUCUAUUACUCAUUUAAAUAUUUAUGUAUUAAAGACAGGUUUUUUGUUGUUGUUGUUGUUAUAGCUUAAGAAGCGGUAUUGUGCUCUGCUUCGUGCAUGGAGAAAAAUGAAGACCUAUGCUCUCCAAACCCUACGGUUUUUCUCUCAAGCCCUGUUUCCAAAUACUUAAGCAAUUUUUUUGCUAGUUUUAUCUUCCUGCUUCCUGGACUUGUUCUUGCUGCAGAGUAAUGUUGCUUUGUGGAUUUUCUCUGGGAUAAAUUGUGUGUAUACAACCAGAUGUGUUUUGUAUCCAUCACUCCAGAGUUUGUCCUGCCUCAUUGUGUCCCAUAUACACAACUGCCAGAGUAGGGGAACAUCUCUGCCUGUGGAUUCCAGAACAGUUGAAAUAACUUCUCCUGAGGGCUCUGAAGGCUUUUAAAGUUUCCUGGGUCAAGGGGAACAUACAAUCUUGUCUUUGAAUAUUUUUAGGUUUAUAAAUCUAGCUGUUUUAUUUCCUCCAGGACAGCUCAUCCUAAUUUCAAGGGAAGAACUUAAGGAGAAAUAAAGUCUGUAGGAUAUGGGACCUGCAGGCCUUAGCAUAUGAAGUUGAUCUCCCCUCUCCUGUGUGGCAGGCCUCUGGAGCACAGUGGAGCAUCACUGCCACCACCCAGCCGUGUGUCAGCAUAAGUAGUGCAGGGUGUCUCCGUUGAGCUGUCCAGUUCCAUGUAUGUUUGACGUGUAUAGAAGUAUCUUCUCCAAGUCUUAAUAAAGUUGAGUUUUACCAGUC